CUUCCGGCUGCGGAGGCUGCAGCCUCGCUCUGGUCCCUGCGGCUGGCGGCCGAGCCGUGUGUCUCCUCCUCCGCCGCCGCCAUAUUGUCUGUGUGAGGAUAGGGGAGCGCGGCUAGCGCCGCUGCCGCUUCCACCGCAGGUACUACAACAUCCUCUGCCUCCUAAAUCCCGCAUACUCCCAGUCUCUGUUUGAACUGUUUUAGUGAGCUUCUGUCAUCAGUCCACAGUGUGAAGAAGGGUCUGAAACAUAGUCUUACCAACUUCUGCUUUUGAACAGUGAUUGCCAGAUCUUCAAACAUCAACUUCAGCCUUGUCUGUCAACCUGUCUGACAUGUCGGGACCCGUGCCAAGCAGGGCCAGAGUUUACACAGAUGUUAACACGCACAGACCCCGGGAGUACUGGGACUAUGAAUCACAUGUGGUGGAAUGGGGAAAUCAAGAUGACUACCAGCUUGUUCGAAAAUUAGGCAGGGGCAAAUACAGUGAAGUGUUUGAAGCCAUCAACAUUACCAAUAAUGAAAAAGUUGUUGUUAAAAUUCUCAAGCCAGUAAAAAAGAAGAAAAUUAAGCGUGAAAUAAAGAUCUUGGAGAAUUUGAGAGGUGGGCCCAACAUCAUCACACUUGCUGAUAUUGUAAAAGACCCUGUGUCACGAACCCCUGCUUUGGUUUUUGAACAUGUAAACAACACAGACUUCAAGCAAUUGUACCAGACGUUAACGGACUAUGACAUUCGAUUUUACAUGUAUGAAAUUCUGAAAGCCCUGGAUUAUUGUCACAGCAUGGGGAUUAUGCACAGAGAUGUGAAACCCCAUAAUGUCAUGAUUGAUCAUGAGCACAGAAAGCUUCGACUAAUAGACUGGGGUUUAGCUGAGUUUUACCAUCCUGGCCAAGAGUAUAAUGUCAGAGUUGCUUCCCGAUAUUUCAAAGGUCCAGAGCUACUUGUAGAUUAUCAGAUGUACGAUUAUAGUUUGGAUAUGUGGAGCUUGGGUUGUAUGCUGGCAAGUAUGAUCUUCCGGAAGGAGCCAUUUUUCCAUGGACAUGACAAUUAUGAUCAGUUGGUGAGGAUAGCCAAGGUUCUGGGAACAGAAGAUUUAUAUGACUAUAUUGACAAGUACAACAUUGAAUUAGAUCCACGUUUCAACGAUAUCUUGGGCAGACACUCCCGUAAGCGAUGGGAACGCUUUGUCCACAGUGAAAACCAGCAUCUUGUCAGCCCUGAGGCCUUGGAUUUUCUGGACAAGCUGCUGCGAUAUGACCACCAGUCACGACUCACUGCAAGAGAGGCCAUGGAGCACCCUUACUUCUACACUGUUGUGAAGGACCAGGCUCGAAUGAGUUCCACUAGCAUGGCAGGGGGCAGCACACCUGUCAGCAGCGCCAAUAUGAUGUCAGGGAUUUCUUCAGUGCCAACCCCUUCACCCCUUGGACCUCUGGCGGGCUCACCAGUGAUUGCCGCUGCCAACUCACUUGGGAUACCUGUUCCAGCUGCUGCUAGUGCUCAGCAGUAAUGACCCCCAUCUGUCUUCUGAUGCCUGAGCAGAGGUGGGGAAGUCCACCCUCUCCUUGAUGCAGCUUGCGCCUGGCUGGGAGGGGUGAGAACACUUCAGAAGCACCGUGUCUGAACCGUUGCUUGUGGAUUUAGUAGUUGAGUCAUAAAAAAAAAUUAUAGGCUGAUUUUCUUUUUUUUUUCUUUCUUUUUUUUUAAGAAAAAAAAACUUGGACUUUUCAUAACUCAGGGGAUUCCCUGAAAAAAUUACCUGCAGGUGGAAUAUUUCAUGGACAAAAUUUUUUCUCCCCUUCCAAAUUCAGUUUAUCACCACUAAAAAACAAAGAUAAACUGGCCUCAGUCCCAGCUGCUGCGUUUGGAGAUUUCAUCCCCUCCCACUUCCACUCUCCCCACAUUGUACACUCUUGGGGGCUUAGAUCUCAUGUUCCUCUCCAGAGAACGUAAACUGUAGUUCAUCAAGGGAGGAGGGGAGGGAAAAGGUGGGGAGGACCCAGUCCAUCCUGAAACACUGUCCUGCUGGCUGGCCACUUCACCUCUUCUCUCCAGGACUGCAUCGUGGCUUAUCCUGGCUCUGGUGGAGGUGGGUCUGGUCUGUCUUAGUUACAUCAAGAUGGUAAAAGUCUACCCAACUUGCAGACAGAUCCAAAAGCUUUUUUUCUGAAUGAAUCAUGUCUUACUAAUCUAACCCUAAAUGAUUUUAAUUUUAGUUUAGUGUCCAUUUGUGAUUCUUUCCUUUCUGGGCUCCUACUUUGCUCUUUCCCUCUUUGUCUCCAGACAUGCUGUGUUUCAUAUCUGGGAGGAGAGGGAAGGCAGAGUCUUUCAGUUUUCUUUGACUUGGCCAUUUUGAAGUCAGUUAGUUAGUGGGCAUAAUUUAUUGCUUUUUAAAAAAGAAAUAUUGUCCAUAUAAGUUUCAUGCUAGCACUCUAAUGAGCUAACGGGUGAUGUGGCCGCACUGGGUUCAUUUUAAGCUUUGUACUCUCCCUCCUGCCCUGCCCUUUCUUCACAUGCUGUCUAGGGAGGAGCCCUGCUCUCAGAGUUGUAAGGGUAUUUGAGAGGCAGAAGCAGAGCCACUAUCUCCAGUGAACCAGAAAUGGUAGACAUGUAAUUGUGGGAAACUAUCAGCUCUCUUGUUCUGGCCCUACCAUCCCUUGCUAUGUGUAAAUAUAAUACUUUGUCCUUCAUAUGUGAAAGAUCCAGUGUUGGAAUUCUUUGGUGUAAAUAAACGUUUGGUUUUAUUUAUCAA